CUGAUGGUUGACAGAAUGAAUCGAAGCCGGUGCAGAUGAUGUUCCAGAAGGCCAAGUUUCCUCUGGCCUUCAUUCAUGAUGUGAACUGUCAGGUUCUGGAGCUGCCGUAUGCUGGGAAAGACCUCAGUAUGCUGAUCAUGCUUCCCAACGCCAUGGAGGACCACACCACCGGCCUGCAGAAGCUGGAGAGCGCGCUGACUUACGAGAACUUUGUGGAGUGGACCCGAGCUGACAAGAUGGAUCUGCUGGAAGUGGAGGUGUCUCUGCCCAGAUUCAGAAUGGAGGAAACCUAUGACAUGAAGGCUCUCCUGGUCAGCCUGGGAAUGGUGGAUGCGUUUGACUCGCAGAGAGCCGAUUUCUCCGGCCUGUCCCCGAACAACGAUCUGGUGCUGUCUAAGGUGGUGCAUAAGUCGUUUGUUGAAGUGAACGAGGAGGGGACGGAGGCGGCUGCA